AUGCCGUCCAUCAACGAUAGCAGAUGUGUCUUGGUUACCGGUGCCACAGCGGGUAUCGGCCGAGCUUUAGCCUACGCAAUUAGCGAUCUUCCCAGCAAGCCCCGCGUAAUUGCUGCAGGCAGACGACAGGACCGUUUGGACGAGCUGGCUUCCAAGAUGGAUACCAUUCAAAUCGACUUUGAGACAGAUAAGGAGACGAUCAAGAAGUUUGUUGACGAUACGAUCGCCAAGUACCCUGAUCUUGAUACGCUUGUACUCUCUGCAGGCGUACAGUAUGAAACUUGGUUCCAGAAACCAGAAACCAUUGAUCUUGACAAACUUUUGAGCGAGCUGAACGUCAACUACACCUCCAUCCUGACCACUAUCACUUAUUUCCUGCCCCAUCUAUUGAAAUUAGCCGCGGAUGGGCGGCCAUGCUUCAUUUGUCCAGUUACAGCAGGGUUGGGAAUUACCCCAGGGGCUUGGGUUGCCAACUACUCAGCCUCAAAGGCUGCGUUGCAUUCGCUCUGUUAUUCUCUUCACGCGCACCUGCAAGGAACCAACGUCCAUAUAAUGGAGAUCAUCCCGCCGCUGGUAGAAUCCGAGCUCCACGAUGCUGAGGAUACUACAAAGAUGCUGACAAACAAAUGGAUGCCUCUGGAGGAAUAUAUCCCGGUUACUAUGGACGGACUGACCAAAGGGGAUUUUCAGAUUUCAUCUGGAGUCUCACUCGCGGGUUUGAACAGGUUUGAAACAGGCAAGGAGGAGGUGGUGAUGAAGGGGUUGGAGGUUCGGAAAAGCUGGUAA